AUGAUAUCUGAGCCAAGUGAAUCUUUACUUAUUGUAGCAUCAACUCAGACAAAGCCAGUCUAUGUAUUAUAUACACAACGAUUCUAUGUUCUAUUUAUAUUUUCAUUUCUCGCUUUUAAUCAAUGUCUUAUCUGGUUAACAUUUUCACCAAUAGCCAGAAGUACUGAAGUUUAUUACGGUAUUAGUGAAGCUACUGUUUAUCUGCUUCUGAAUUGGGGACCGAUUAUUUUCACUCCAUGUUUACCGUUGACUUAUAUAUUAUUAAAUAAACAUAAUGGACUUCGACGUUGUAUUCUAUUGCUUUCAAUCGUUGAUUUUCUAGCAGCACUUGUUCGUAUUCUUCCAAUUGUUAUCACAAAACCAUCAAGUCCAAAUUUCAGUUCAAUAUCUUUACCAUUUUUACAUUUAGGCCAAAUAUUAAAUGCAGCUUGUGGUCCAUUGGUGAUGGCACCUGUUUCGCAACUUUCUUGCCUAUGGUUUGCUCCUCACGAACGAACACGUGCAACAACAGUGGCUGUACUUGCUAAUAAUUUCGGUUCAACAAUAGGUUUUGUAAUUAGUCCAUUUAUCGUUUCGUCGCCGGACUAUAUCCCUCGUCUACUUUAUGUUCAUUUGGGUCUGGCAUUUAUAGCUUGUAUUCUUGGUCUUCUCUUUUUUCCUUCUUAUCCACCAAGUGCUCCAUCUGCUGCUGCAGAAUCACUUAUGCAAAAUCCAAUGCAUGAACAUCGCAAUUCAUGGAAGAAAUAUCUGAAAGAUAUUUGGCUAUGUUUAACAAACCCGUCAUUUGUUCUCAUAUUAACAGCGGGUGGCCUACUUCCUGGUACAUUUGGUGCAUGGACAAGUUUAUAUGAUGUUAUUCUUAAACCUGAAAAUUAUACUGAACAACAAGCAGGUUGGUUUGCGUUUGGCUCUUCGAUCGCUGGAAUCAUUGGUGGAUUGUUUUUAAGUUUUCUCGCUGAUACACAUCGUUUUCAACAUUCAUUAAAAGCACUUGUAUUGAUGUCAUAUGUCAUCUGUUUAUUCGCUACUAUUUGGUUUGAAUUGUCUGUUCGUACGUCCUUCUUUAAUAGACCUAUUCUUCCGUCAAAUGCUGUUACUAUCGGUUUAUCAACAGCAUUUGCUGGAUUAUUUUCGGGCGCUCCAACAACAUUGAUGUAUGAAGCUCUUGCCGAAAUAAUGUUUCCUUUACCAGAAUCAUUAUCUGCCUCGAUUCUUGUUCAAUGGUAUAAUGUAACUGGUCUUGUUCUAUUAUUUAUUGCACCCAAUCGAUAUAAAUUAAUGAAUAUACUUAUUUUGAUUGUAAAUAUCGUCUGUAUUUUCUUGAUAUUAUUCGCUCGGUUUACCUAUAAACGACGUGAUGAAGACGAAAGAAAACGCCUUGAAAAAGAACAGAAUCAAAUUUCAGAUCAAGACGAUUACAGUAUUAUCAACGAUGCACAGUAUGGAACAUUCUCCUAA